AAGAAACUACAACUUGGAGCUCCGCCUUGAACGCCCUCCUCUCUUUCUCCGACCCGCCCAUCACCAACCCGGCCACCCUGAAAUGGUGGAUAAGGAUGAAGGAGGGAAGCAGCAGCUCACAAUAUUCUAUAAUGGAAAAAGUGUUGUUUCCGAUGCUACUGAACUACAGGCUCGAGCAAUCAUAUGGCUUGCGGGUCGUGAAGUGGAACCAUACGACACGCCCCGAUCCGAUCCGCCGUCUCCGUUGCUAGCUUCUCCACUUUAUAGUCCAAACACUGGCUUGAAGAGAUCGUUGAUGAGGUUUCUUCAAACAAGAAAGACUAGGGUUCAAGCAACUUCCCCAUACCCCAUUGCUAGGAAUUCCAACUAGUUAGAUUUAAUGAUUAAUUAAUUAAUUGAGUGUUUUUUUAAAAAAAAUUAUUUUAACUACACGAGAUUCAUUAUCGUAACUCGUUGGUGUGCUAGGGAAAGUGCCACUA